UGCAGCAUUGGGUGCACCAGAAGAGGCAGUGGGGACUCGGCCAGGGCCGCUCACGGCAUGGGGGGCUUGGGCUGGGUUGGAUGCGUCAGGGAAGUUGGUGUUUUACGUUCUGGGGAUCUGGCCCACACACCUAUUGCCACAGAGAUGGUCUUGUGGAGAUCUCCACUCCCAGCCGGACGACGUCCCUAUGGCAUCUUCAGCAAUUGUCCGCAGGAAGCGGUGAUGCGAGGGGAAUUCUUCGCGGAUACUUCGCUUCUUUCAAUGGAAUUUAGCUUCUGGAACUGAAGAACCAGAUGUGAGCAGCUAGCUGGCUGCAGACCCUCAGCAACACCCCAGGAAACGGCCUUAGCUGGCUGAAGACUAACCAUGGGGGAUCCAUGGACCACGCAUGGGCAACCACUGGCUUAGUAAAACUUGCUGCAUCUAAAUGGGAUCUAGCAUCACUGAAGCAAGGAAGGGUACAUCCCUAGCCCCUGGGGUUUGCUGGACUGCACCAGGCCUUUAGGUUUCCCCUUCAGGGUAGGGGAGGUUGGUGUUAGUUUCUUUAGCAAAGAAAGAUGUUAUGAUAACAUGUAAAGAGCUUUCCAGGGAGUGUCAUGCUUUGCAGGAAGAGGAAAUAGGAUCCAGAUUCAGCAGCCUUUGCGAGUUUCCAAACACAUGGGUGCAGCCCUGAAUCAGGUGCUAGUUAAAGGGCAAUUGCCGGAGAUGGCGGUUUGUAAAAGUCUCUCCUGAGUUGGAAAACACAAUGUUGAAUUGAUCUGAAUUAAAUGUCACCUCUUGCCCAGGCUUUGAGAAUGAAUGUCCUCCCUUUCAAAAGGCCUGGAAGUUUUGAGGGCUUACAUCUCCUCCAGCGAUGACCUCUGGUGGGAGGUGCGUGCCAGGAAGUUGCUGCAAUGCAUUGGUCUGUCAGCAAUGCAUCAGACCCUCGGCGCAGUCCUGCUUCUUGGCAGGUGCGAGCAAAAAAAUCAACAGCUUGGGUAUAACCGAGGUGCUUUUCAAGUUCAGAUGCCUCCGUUAGCACAGGGGACACUCCCAGAGUUUGGAGCCGAGAGAGUUUAAGUGGCAUUGUGACUGGCACUGAAAUGGAGCCAGGGUGGCUGCUCGUCACUGACGUGUUGGGGAUAAGAGAUGCCGUGUUCCUCAGGGCAGCAGUCCUCUCCUCUGCAUCUGCACAGCACCUAGCUCAGAAUAAAUAACAGGAGGUGGCAUCUUGCAGGCAAUCCAUUGAGUGUGUUUUGUUUUGAGAUGCAAUGUGGGAGGGCUGGCAAAGCACUCCUAGCUGAAGGCUGUGCUCUGCUGCACAAAUUCUUCUUGUCCUCUGCUGCACCGCGUCAGGCAUAGAACUUGGAAUCUGUCCCCUGGAGAGUGAGUCCAUCCACUCAGGCAGGGCUGAGGGGGCCCAGGCGACCUCUAGGCUCAUGGAGAUCUCAGAUGCGUUACCCGAAUCUGAACCACCAGCAACGUCUGUUGUGCUUUCCUGGUGCUGGAAGGAGAUGGGGCAUUGGGCUGGCUGAAUCUGGAGUGGCCCCAGCCCACUGGAAAAGAAAGACCUUUCCCCUCUGCUGGUGUCUCUGGGGAAAAGGUUGCAGGGCCAUGUCUCUCUGUGGGAUUCUGCUGAGCCGCGUGCCUUGGGCAAUCAACAGCCUGGACUGGGGCCCCUGCACCCAGCACAGCCGGACGUUCAUCAACCUCACGGGGCCUUUCACCAACAAAAGGAAGGAGUACUCGGAGAGGAGGAUUAUAGGGUACUCCAUGCAGGAAAUGUACGAGGUGGUGUCCAACGUGGAUGACUACAGGCACUUUGUCCCCUGGUGCAAGAAGUCGGUGGUGGUCUCCAAGCGCACGGGCCACGUGAAGGCUCAGCUAGAAGUGGGCUUCCCGCCCGUGCUGGAGAGAUACACCUCCAUCGUCACCCUGGUGCGCCCACACCUGGUCAAGGCCAUCUGCACCGAUGGACGGCUCUUCAACCACCUGGAGACCAGCUGGCGCUUCAGCCCCGGCAUCCCAGGCUACCCCCGCACCUGCACAGUGGAUUUCUCGAUCUCCUUCGAGUUCCGCUCCCUGCUGCACUCGCAGCUCGCCACGGUCUUCUUCGACGAGGUGGUCAAGCAGAUGGUGGCAGCUUUCGAGCGGCGGGCGUCCAAGAACUUCGGCCCAGAGACACGCAUCCCCCGGGAGCUCAUGUUUCAUGAAGUUCAUCAAACGUGAGGGGGUCGGGGCUGCACGUGCAGACUCUGCCGGGGUGGCAGGAGGCGCUCGGACGCCCCGCCCCUGCCUUUUUAACUAUUUAUUUGAUUUCACCUCUCCUGACGGUCUCUCUAAUUUAUCUGCUGGCCUGGUGUGCCAGGAAUGGGGACGUACCCAGAGCGGCUGGGUCUGGCUGCCCCGGAGCAUCCCCCAGGCCUGCCAUCUCACACAGAACCACCGCACUGGCCUGUUGGGCUCCAUAUUUUUGUAGCUAAUUUUAUUUUAAACUUAUUUUAUUUUGGGGGUGAGGUUUUGUUAACAUCUCUCCAAGCAGGGAAGAGCGAUCCCUGCCCCUGCCUGAUCGCCAGCAAUUCUCGUCUUUCCCCCUGUGCUGCCCUCAUGGCAGAAACCGGAAGGGCUGUGUGUGCCUGCCCGCCCCCCGGUCAGACUGCCUUUCUCCCAGGCAGUGGGUGCAUGGACUGGACGAUCAGGGUUUUGGCUUGCCUGUCUGCGGUCGGUAGCUGUGCCUUUUUCGGGGGGGGGGGGUGUGAAACGGAUCAGAGCCUUCUCCCCAUCCACGGGGGUGCUGAGCGCAGAGAAGGGGGCCGAGCUAACGUUACAGUGGCUGCACGCCAGCUCUGAGGUAUGUGGCAGUGAGGGGAGUUGCGUUUGGUCUGGAAGCAAGCGUCACACUAGCCGGGGCCUGUGGAAAGGGGCGGGGGCACUGCCUGGUUGGCAGAAGGUGGGAAUGAGCAGUCCAGGCAGGGCAGGAAAUGGGGCAAGUGCCCGGAGGGCAGCAUGGGACUCGGAGGGCAGCUGCUCCCCAAGCCCUGCAGGUGCGAUUUCGCUGAGCUUGCCCUGGACGGAGGGAGCGCUCCCCAGGCCCUCAUUGGGCAGGGAGAUGGCACGGCCUCACCCAGGCCCCCACAGCGCUGGCAGCGGGGCUGCCGGCUCUUGGCUCCCUUGGGAGAGCCCUGCGAGGGGGAAAUAAAGCCCGUCUGAGUGGCCAGGAUGGAGGUGGCCCGGAGGCUCCAUGGGGUGGAGGGCAGAGGUGAUGCCCACAGGGCACCCGGCCCUGGAAGGCUGGAGUCUGAUUUUGUGUCCACACACUGAUGCAGUGUCCCAGAUGCUGGAGUCUCCCCUCCUGCUUCGUGGGGGGGGGGACCUCCCCACUCCCCUCCAAAGCUCCCAGAAGCCUGUGGGGUGUCAGCAGAAGCUGGAGAAGCGGCUGGGGGAGUUCCCCUCGACCUGGUAGUGGCAGGCUGUAGGUGGGGGGAGCAAGGACCCAGUUCCCAGGGGCUGCGGCCCCACAGCGGAGCUGUCCUUGGCCAGUGCUGCUCCUCUGGCUGCCCCGCAGCCGUGCUGUGAGCAGGGCAGAGAGAGGUGAGAACGCCGCUGCUCCCCCCUCCCCACCUGGGCACAUAGCAGCUCUGUCUGGGGAGCGUGCCCCGUGGCUGGCUCAGCGAGCGCUGUGGGAGCGAAGUGAACAGAGCCCCAUUGUCCUGCGCCAGCGUAGGGGGGCCCCAGAGCAUGCAGAGCGCUGGGGGGGGGGUGGAUCCUGCUGUCACUUUGAAAAGCAGCUGCAGCUUAGCUCAAAGUGGGGCCACCUUUGUCCCCAUGGGAGCUGCCUGCUGGGGGGAGAAGAGCCUGGCUCCCUCCCCAAGCCCCACAUCGCUGCUCUGUGCCCCGGCCCCUCCUGCUGUGUAGAGGAGCCGGUGUUACAUACAACACACACGGACGGGGCAGUUGGGACCUGGGGCAGUUGGGGCUGGGCGAUGCCCAUGGCAUGGGAUUUGUUACCACAGUAAUGGCUUGAAUGGCCUGAGGGGACCUGCCUGUCUCCAGACUUGGGGGGUAGCCUGGGGCACUGGCACCUGCAGCGCUGCUUCCUCUGCUGCGGGCCACCUGCCGCCCAUGUCCGAGCACUGGACCGGCUCCGACCGCCUCGACUGCUCGAGGCCUCGGGCCUGACGCCCUGCCCUGAGCCCUUGGCUUCCAGCCCGGCUCCCCCAGGGCCGAGGAAACGUGCAGCUGGGCCCUGCCAGGUGUGGUGCCUUGUGCCUGCUACCGUAUCAGGCUGCCCUUGGCCGGUUCCCUGAGAGAAAUGCAUGGGGGGGGGACGCCACCUCCUCCAUGCGCUCGCUGGGGAGUUUUGUCUCCAGCCGAAAGACUGUAGAAGUUUCCUGCUCUGAGAAGUGGGGUUUUUAGGCCAAUAAAAAGCAUUUGGCAA